CAAGAUGGAGUUCCUCUACACUGCACCCCGCCAAAGCGUUUGUUCUUCAAGAAACACAAAUCUCAAUUUAUCGACCACCCUCCCUCUUCUCCUGACCUCAAUCCGAUUGAAAACUGCUGGUCUAUAGUCAAACAUCAACUUGUCACACUUCCAGAUCCUCUUCCAAACAUUGAUGACCUAUUCAAAGUUGCUAGCAAGUUGUGGCUUGAGAUACCACAGAAGAAGAUUGAUUCUUAUAUAGACAGUAUGGAGGAGAGAAGGAAGGCAGUUUUGAAAUUAAAUCGUUUCAGUACCCAAUUUUGA